AUGUCGCGCUCACGCACGCGACUACCCACCUCCGCCAUCCUACUCUUCUCCCUAGCUACCCUCAGCUCAGCCAGCUUCUCGACCUCCCCGUCCGCUAGCUCCACUGCCUCCUCCAGCACACCCACCGCGUCGUCUACGGCGCGCCCGCGCUCCGGUGUCUCCCCCGGCUUGAUCGCAGGAGCAGUACUCGGCGGCCUCGUCGGCAUCGCGCUGAUACUCUGCGGUAUACUGCUACUCCUGCGCCGCAAGAAGAACAAGAGCAGGACUGCGGAAGUCUCUGGGAAUGUCUACGGCGGAAAUCAUCAGUAUGGUGCGCUGCCGCAGUCUGCGAGGGAGUUGCACAGCCAUCGCACGGCGGAGAUGUCGACUCCGCCGAUGGAGAUGGGGGCGCAUAAUUCGCCGAGGGAAAUACCCUCUAGAUAUGUGCCUGGGUCGGGGCAUUAUUUUGAAUAG